CAAGAAAGCGAGUGUCUUGAAGUCUUGGAGCAGAUGCGGUUGUGCUGUUUGAAGUGGCAUAAGGAAUCUUGGUGUUGCUCCGGAAUUAAUUUGGAACAAAGUUAUUUGCCUCAAUCACAAGAAGUCAAUAAUUUGAAAAAAAAAUAAUGCUUCUGUACCAAUUCCUGUCCCAACAACAGAAGCCACAGCCAUUCCAAAGACAACAAACAGCCAAAUUGCCGAAACGCAAUUGGAUCCAACGUAAUCCACGUACUUUUCAAAUUGUUUUCCUUACCACAUCUUUGCUCACGUUCUUCUCGAAACCAAUAUACGACGCAUUUUUUGCUGAUCCUUUACCAGGAGGACCACGAGUACCUGCUCAUCGUCGUUAAGUACACUCAAUCAAUAA